AUGAGUUUUAGUAGAAUCGAUUUAUUUUCAAGCUCUUUCAAUUUUAAUAUAGGAGGAUCAAAUGUCUCAAAAGGAACAAUAUUUGGAGCAAUUUUUACAAUAAUUGUUUUUGGUUUAACUCUUUCAUACUCUAUUUACUUAAUUGAGUUGUACUUCAGCAAUAAAAUUGAACCUGUUUAUAGGGCUUAGAAUAUCAUUAAUAAUUAAACGCAAUCGAUAGAUAUAAACUAAAAUAUUUAUGCAAUUAAGAUUAAUUACUUCGAUCCUACAAAUAGUCACUUAUAAUAUACUACUACAGUUGUAGUGGGUUCUUAUAAAAAUGAUACCCAUUUUUAAUAGGUAACUAUUGUAACAAAAAAAUGUGAAGACCCAAAUUUAGAUGAGCGACCCAUCACAACAAAAAAAUUGUGCGAGUUAAUAGCAGAUAGAUAAAAUCUUAAAUGGUAGUGA